AUGGCUACUUUAGCUAAAGCACCGACUACACAUGAAGGUAAAUAUCUUCGUUUAGUUAAAUAUGGCAUUAUUUCAUAUUGUGUUCACACUCCUUAACAACUAUGUCUCUUUUUCACUAGAAAUUGAAAGACAAAUUCAGCAGAUUCAAGCCCAGAGGUCAAAUUUACCGAAAGUUGACAUCGGCGAAAAGGUAUGCAAGAUCAUCAACUUUAAACGCUCUUCAUUUUCCUUUUAACUUUGUGAGCGUCUGCGUCAAUUUUAACCGAAUUAAACCAUUUAACGUGUUACUGUUUCAUUUUAAUUCUAUUUAGAAGCGAAAAAGUUUGCUGUAAUCUGUAGAUUAUGCCAUUUUAUCGUAAAUAAAAGGUACGACAAAGUGAACUGAGCUUGUGAAAUCAUCGACUGUGUUUCUUUGCAGGUUGGUUUAGCGUCUGUUGGUGAAGGAGGCUACGAUGUGGAGAUUUAUGGCUCGGGUGGGAACAGGUAAAAUAUUUUUGAGGGAAGUUUUUUAUUGACCAGUCAGGAAAAAAUAUAGAUUUUUUUAUACAUUUACUCAAACAAGAGAAAAUUGGUUAUGGAUUUGCCUUUUUUGUAAUUUGUUUACCCACAAAGCACUCGGAGUUCUUAAGAACUUGUUUAAAAGUGUUUCUGUGCUUCAGAUUGAAUUGAAAUGUGAAAGUGUUGUUUUUUUGUGGAGCGGGAAAACUGGAAUACCCAGAGAAAAACCUUUCAGAGCAAAGGAGGGAAGGAACAACUAACUCAACUCACAUGUAAUGCCGAUUGCCGAACUCGAAACUUGGUCGCAUUGGUGGGAGGCAAGUACCCUGACCAAUGUGCCUCGGUCAUCCUUGCAUGUCACAGUUAGUUAUGGAUAUGUUUCUGAAGAAACUUUAGCACUACAUGUUGGUGAGGUAACUGGUGAAGUCAUCCAAAAGUCAUCUUUAGAGAAACUACAACCUGCACUAUUUGCUUGCUUUACAUCUUAUUUGAUUCAUUCAAAUGCUUCGGUUGUCUACUGUUGAGCCUUGGGCAUCAGCAAUCAAAAUAGUGCACUAAGUUGGUGUAAGCGAUGUUGUAUUGCAGCAAAUCUAGUCCCUGCAACCCUCAAGAGUUGUAUUAAGGUGACUCAACUCAGUUAUUUUGUGAGGGUACCAUCCUACUUUGAAGCUCUCUGGUAUCCCCACCUUUACUUUGAUCUUAAGUCUAACAUAUAGCAUGGAUAACAUAUAGAUCAAUCUACAACAUAGCAUAAAAUUCAUGUCACAGUUUUCAAUGACCAUGAAAUUCAGAAUCCAGGUAGUUAGUCAAUCAAUUGUGGCCCUGAAAAAAUUUGACGGAAAACAAAUACGAAUUUUUAAGGAAAUGCUUUUUUCGUGAGAAGGACUGACAAACGUCAACAAAUAGCUAAUACUACAUGUACGUAGAUGUUUGCAUUGCUCAAAAUUGUGCUAAUUUGCAAGGCCCUAAAGCCUUUUGCUGACUUGCAAGGACCCAUCUGUUAUAAAGAUCGCAAAAAUAAAGGGAUAAAUCUCAUAGUUUAUUAGAUAUAAUCGUGUAAAGUUUGCUUAUCAUUUUCACUUAAAUUAUGAGCUACAUUUGGAAACUGCUGAAUUUCUCACAUUAGGUCUUUGCGAUUUUGGUGAAACUCUGUUCAAAAGCAUGGCACUAAUGUGCAUUAUAUGUAGCCGAGAGAUCUUCAAGAAAAAGUGCCGGCAACAGCAGAAUUUUGACUCAGAUCCCAAAGAGGCGUGGCACGUUGUAGAUUGAUCCAUAUGCUAUCCAUGCUAUAUGUUAGACUUGCGAUCAAAGUAAAGGUGGGGAUUCAAAGUAGGAUGGUACCCUCACAAAAUAACUGGGUCGAGUCACCUUAAGUAAUGUUAAUUGAAAAUAUUACUUUACUCCUGUGUUUGUUUCAUUUUAGAUUUGAGGGUUAUUCUACAGACAUUGCUCCAAAUGAGCAAGAAGAGGUUAGUCCUGGUUUUCUUUUGUGAUCUUCGAACCUUUUUGUCAGUGUUGCUAACAUACACGUAAACAACGAAAUUAUUGCUACCAAAGCAUCUCACACAGUGGUCAUAAUUUAGAUUUUACAUCCUCCUGCUUGUAUCGCACUUGCCUCCUUCCCCUCCCCCUCCUCCCCCUCCCCAGGGAAGGGCUAAUCCUUAGGGAAUUCUUCUUUGGGGUUUGCUGCCCAGUUCUCCAAAUCCUGAUCCAAUUUCAGACCAAAACAUCCAAUCUUGUACACCUGUUUUCACACCUGGCCUCUGAGAAUUGUACUUGGUUUGCCAGUCGAUUACCUUGCCCAAGUGAAGUCAACAUAGUGUCUAUUUAUUAGUAUUAAUUGGUUUUUUACACUGAAUGCUCUGCACUACACACUUGUGGUCUGUUGAAAAAAAAAAAAACUUCUCGAUUUUAGAGCGCAAUGGUUGAAUCUAUACUGUGUUUGUUUUUAGCUCAAAGACAGGGCUCAAAAUAAUGGCUGAUCAAUGGACACUGUCCGGUCAGAGUGGCCUCUUGACCGGCCAGAAGCUCCGCUCACCAGUCAUGUUAACCGGUCAUGUAGACUCUUAUUCCUGAACAAACAACCACAUCCUCGCAUGUAAAUCUUAGAUUUUGCUUCCUUGUAAAAGUACAGUCAUGUUUAUGAAUAAAUAAUGACACAAGGAUUAGUUCACUUUUUUCCUAUUUUUUGACCAGUCAGAAUUAAGACUUGACCGAGCAAACAUUUUUGCCCACCGUCCAUAAAUUAUUUUGAGGCCUGAAAGAACUCAAAAUCCACAUCCUUUGGGUUGGAAGAUCCCUAUAUAAUAGCUUUUAUAGGGGAGUCGCCCUCCUUCCUCUCCCUUCUCCCUACCUACCGCCUGGUGCCAAAUCAGGUGGAUAGUUUUAUGUUUUCCUUUAACCUGUUUCUCUCUUGGCAUUUUGUUUAGGAUGAAGAUGAUUACUCGACAACAAUUAUGCACCCGUCACGGAACAGCUACACUGCUCCUGCUGCACUAUUAAAUGAGAUUGCUCAUACAGCAGAACAUGUAUGUAUAUAUUGUACCUUUAUAAUAUCAUGUUGGUGUAUGUGGUUUCUAGUAGACAAGGUACAGUUGUAUUAUAAGCGCUUGCCUUUUAAUGGUGAGAAAUAGGCAAGCAUUCUGAAAAUAAGGUUCAAUUCAAAUGACAACACUUUUUGAGUAUUUGUAAUAAUACUCUUGUCAGAACAUAAGUGAAACUGAUCAUCAUUGUAUUAAUUUUUGCACCUACACUGUAACUGAAUUACCACUAAGAUAACCACAUGUUAUAUCAAAAUUUCACUGCUGUUAAUUUUUUAUCUCAGGUAAUUUUUAUUGUUCUUUUGUUUCAACUUAAUUAGUAUAUAAUACCAAACCCCAAAAAAAAAGAAAAACAAAAAUUACUUGAGGUAAAAAAAUAACUACAACAUUUGCACCAGCUUGAUAAAAAGUCCUCACCAUUCCAUUUGUUUCCAUGCAAUUCUUUGAGUGUUCCAUUGCAAUGUAUUAGUUUAAAUUGAUGAGGCUUGAUGAAGUGAAUAUGAUUUUUUGUCUUAUCAGGUGGACCCUUUUGCUCAGCACAGACAACCAACAAUCGCUGAGCGGGAAGAUCCAUAUAGAGCCAGACGGAGGCAAAUGAUCAUAUCACCACCAAGGCAUGAUCCCUUUCAAGAUGGUAGGUGUAGAUAAAUGAACCUUUUUGACUUUGUAUUGUUUAUUAUGGUCAGAAAUUAUCAAGCCUGAUACUUAACUCUUAAGAACCACAGGCUUAACUCUAACUUGGUAGCAAAGAAAUAUUUUUAGAGUAGCCAUGACAAGGUAUUAGUUUUGUCUUGUUAGUUUUAGUUGUGAUUGUAUCUAGAAAGAGAUUUGGGAAACAAAAGUGUGAACAGUGCAUUAAAUACUUUAAGGUUGAGGGAGAGAUUGUGUAGUACAGUGGAACCUCAUUUUCAUUAGUACCCUUUUUAAAAUGAGUGACAUUUUUCUUCUUUGAGAUCAUUUUGUCAGUUGAAAACCUUUGUUAACCAGACUAGUAAUGUACCAUGAUGCUCUAAAUUAUCCCAGGUUUCAUAUUUACACUGUUCUUUUUUUCUCUGAGUUGAAAGAUUUGUAGCGUCAAGUGAUUCCUGGGUAAUUUCAAUUUCUUACUUUGUUUUGCAAGCAACACGGCAAAUUGGAGUGACGUAAUAGCAGUUAUCAGUUGUUUAACGGUUUUCACCCUGAUAUUGCAAUACAUAUUAGUAACUUGUGAGUGGAGUUCCACUGUACUUUUUUUAGUAAUCAUAGAUAAUUGCCUCUUUAUGACCCAGUUUUGUAUUACUUGAGAACCCUGUAAAGGAUUUUUUCAGUCCAACAAAACUAUAAUCAGAAAGCAUGUACUAAUGGAAGUGGUUCUACCUCGCCAAAACGUGUUGUCUUGCUGAUAUAAAUAGGGACCUUAAGCAACUACGAUGACGAUGGCAGUGAAAACAUAACUACAACAAUGAAUUUGCAUCCUUUCAAACUUUACUGCAUCUAUUUGUAACCCCUCAAUUCGUCAAAUGUAGGUGACGUUUCCUGGAGUUGAAUUCUUAAGGGCUUUAUCCAUGUUAAAAUAGAGAAAGGAAAAUUUUUUGUCGUAUAUCCAUGUCCUUCAUGUGACGUCGCGUUCGGAGGUUUAACGUCGUGGUCAUGCAGUGGACGUCAAAGAAAUGUACUAAAAAGCAUGAUGCAUGUGCAGAGCUGUUGUUUUGUUUUUUGACGUUGUUUUUGUCGUCGUUGUGGUGGUUGCUUUAGGUCCCUGGUAACUUUGUAGUUCCAGCUACACAUAUUAUUUUUAAAUGGCCAUAGUAAUAAUUAUUGUAGGCAUUUGUCAUGAGCUAUACAUGCAUACACAAUAGUUAUAAUUGUUACAGUCCCAAAUUGUAUUCAGGUUAAAAGUUUUUAACUUGUUCUUAAUUAUCCUUCAACAAAGCCACCAAGCAAGUACAACAUAGAGAUAAGAUAAACACUGCCAAACAUUAGGUAGAAUUUUCUACAGCAUUUCCUUCAUAGGAGUGAAUCUUUAAAUUUGCUUCCUGCUGUUGACUGUCGAUUCCGCUUUGUUUUGCUUUAGUCUUUGUGGUUUAUACAGGUCUCCCUUUUUAAGCAAACACUCCUCUCAGGUCCUUGCCUGGAUUUCAAGCUAUGUUCCACAUUGUCUGGAACACAACUUUCCAUCUUCCUAACCCCUGAAACUUGUCUUGAUAGUGUUGGUCUAAAGAAGGUUACUGUUUGAAGUGGACUGCCAUUAUUUCUCAUUUCCUGGCGUCAGACAAGAAUUGAGGCAAUAGUGUUUAAUAUGAGGCCUUUGUAGUUCUAAUAUCAUUCUGUUAAAGUUUGCACCAACUCAGUAAUUAUUGCAUUUGAAAUCCAAAUUUCUAUUGUCAUGGUUUGAACCACUAGUUGAUCUUCUAAUAAAUGGUUACUGAAAUAAUUGUGGGCAAAAAUUGUUUAAUAAAUUUUUCAACUGAAUAUAUUGCUUUUAGUUAACAGAACUUUUAAAAUAUAGUAGUAGUAAAAUUGUGUUGUUAUGUUAAUGUGUCUUGGUGCCUGUCAUCUGGUCCAAGAUAAUAAGAAGUGAACCAUUUCCUGUUGUUGAAAUAGUGGGAAUCCACUGUACUAUAGUUUUGUUGGACUGCUGUUACCCUUUUAUAUAAAGUAAUAUAAGAACUGUUGACUUCAUUAUACUUACUCCUCAACCCCUUUUUUCCAUUCAGCGGUGAGUACUGGAUUCUACACUCAUCAUCUGCACAAAAUAAUUGCAAGAGUAAAUGACUUAUAGUGUUGGUUAUUUACAAAAACUUUGUCUCAAGUAUGGGUAUAAAUGGACGGAAUGCCUUGUGCGAUGAUCUGGACCAAACGGCAUCCAAUACUUACGUUAAUAUUAAAAUAAGAGUUCUAAAAUAGUCCUAAGUUAUGUUAGAAGUAGGUUUAACUACCUGAAAUACAAAUUUUCACUCAAAAGGAAAAAAAUGUUUCUCAUUAAGUAAGAAAAGUGUUUGGUUUUUGAUGAGUGGAGUUUCUCUAAAAUGACAGUCAUUGUUGGAAAUUUCCUCACAACAAAUGUUGGUCAAAUUUUUUGUUCAUUUAAACUAUGAAUUUUAUUUUUUCUGUGGAUAUUGACCAAUGUGUAUUCCCUGUCCCAUUUGAAGGCCGCUUGCAAAAGUACCUACUGUCUGUAAUAUACACUAAGCAGAGACUAUUUGAGUAAAGAUUUCAAACCCUUGUGUGAGGCAGUUGAAAGUUUUACAGUGGCUGAAUUUAUGCUAGAGACAGAUUGUCUGUCUAAACGAAUUAUCCAUCAGACAACUUAUUUGUCCAGGUAUAAAUUUGAGAGAGAAAUUUACAUGGCUCUUCAGUUUAAGUAGGGGACUGGACAAAAAAAAAACAAAAUGGUGGUGUUCAUAGCAGUUUUAAGGAAUUGGUUGAGAACAGUGCAAGGACUGAAGAGUAUUUCAGCUGAAUAGUUGUCAAUCAGAAAGUAUGAAUGAAUUGGCAACAGUGAACAUCACUUUACAUGCUGACACAAUGAAUUGAUGAAUGGUGGGAUAAGGGUUUAACUAGUGGGUGUGAGGUCAUGAUUUGAAAUGGAGAAAAAUGCUUAGAAACCUUUUGAAGAAAUAGGCAAUAGGCCUUCUCAAGUCAAAAUUUAGGUCAAAUCCAUCUAUUUUUUGUUUUCCAGAUGUAAAGUUAGAGACAGAUUAUCUGUCUCAGGCUAAUAAUAUUAUUUGUCUGACAGGGAGGCUGUAAGAUCUACUGAAAGACAAAUCAAGGGGAGAUGAAUUUUGGCUCAAGAUUAAUCUAAAGACCAGUUGUAUAUCUAGACGAAUUAUGCGUCUGAGAUAGAGAAUUUGUCUUUGACGGAUAAUUUGUCUCUGGUGUAAAUUCGGCCAAUAUAACUAAUAAUAAAGAAUAACCAGUCCAGUACUGAUACUACACAGUGGUCGAUUACUGACCUCUGAAGAAUUAUUUAUUAGGAGACGAGCCAGGCUAAGAUGUCAGUGAGUGGUACGACUCAUCGCAAGAUUCCUACCCACUGGGUUGGUGUUACAAUGCCGCAGCCACUGUUCCACAUGAUAAUUUAGCUCUUGUUAUUGUCUUUUUGUGUGUUUUACUCCACUGUCACUAGCAACUUAGGACGAGAGGUUAAGCCUGCUGGUCUUGAUGACUCACAGUUAACAGUUACAAAUGAACUGUGUUUGUAGAGUCUGAGGGACUGGCAGGCAUUCAUUAUGGACAGUGUCCAAGUUUUUUUUAAUCUACCACAGAACAUUCCUACCAUACAUUUUUUGUUUCACACAUUUUUUAGUAAGCAAAAUAAUUGUGUAUAAUUAAUGUUUUCUUUGUGAUGGAGCCUGCAAAUGAUUAAUAGGGCUUUCUUUUUUUCUCUUUUUUUAUUUUUUUGUAGGUGGCAAAACACCGGAUCCAGUCAUGUUGAAAAAUAUGAGGACCUAUAAGGACAUUGUUGAAGAGCAGGUUCUUCAAAGAGAUCAGGUUUGGACAUACAUCUUUUACAAUCCCCUAUUGUCUCCCAAAAUACCAUAAUUUAACCAUGUAGGACUACCAUCCUUGUUUACUUCCUGAUCUGCACACUAUUUACAUUUAGAUAGUAGUAGUAGUAGUAAAUUUAUUAAAUCUCCAGCCAGUGGCUCUUCCGAUUUAAUUUACAAUAAUUGGAAAUGGAAUAAAAACGACUUAUAAAAAUUACAAUAAUAUCAUGAUAAAAAAAAAAAAAAAAAAAAAACUAAUUCAAAUAAAUAAAUUAACCUAUUCUAAAAAAGCUAAACCUAAAAAAUUUACUACGAACUAUUAUAUAUUUCGCGCCUUACUGCGCGCUUAAAAGCUGAGAGUGUUGCGCUAUUUUUUGUUUCUUCACUUAUAAGAGAAUUCCAAGCAGUGAUUGCUCUGUAACUAAAGGACCUCUGCGCUGUGGCUGUCCUACAAAGCGGUACGACUAAAUUGUCCCUAGAUCUAGUAUUGUAGCUGUGGAUAGCUGAUCUUUUGUUGACGUAACACUCUAAAUAUGGUGGUGCAAGGCCAUUAACUAUUUUGUAUAGCAUCGCAACAUCACGCACUAGUAACUGAUUCUUAACAGAAGGCCAACACAAUGCACGCAGCACUGGUGAGAUGUGAUCAAACUUCUUGGUGUUAGUCAACACACGGGCGGCGAAGUUUUGUACGAGUUGCAGUUUGUUUAUGUUGUGCACAAACGUUCCAGACCAGACUGUCGAGCAAUAAAAAAGUUUACAAAAAACAAGACAGUUCAGAAUGGUAGUGAGUACUGAUUUAGAAAACAGGUGCCUAACUCUGUUUAUCUGGCAUAAGAUAGAAAUAAGAGACGAGGUCAGAGUGUUAACAUGUUCAUUAAAAGUAAGGUUCGAGUCAAAAUUAUACCCAGGUCUUUGACUGAGGACACAGGAAUUAAAUGUUGCCCAAGAAAAGGGACUCUAAUGUCAGGUAUCUUACUUAAAAGCUGUUUCGUUCCAAAGAGAAUAAGUUUAGUUUUGUCUGGAUUAAUAAGCAACUUAUUCGUACAGCACCAAGAGGCAAUAAGUCGGAGAUCUUCCGAGACGUUUGCAAUGCAGGAGUCAAUGUUUUCCGAUGAACACGAAAGAUAAACUUUUGUGUCGUCAACAUAUGACUCUACACUUGAAAACUUAACAACGGACGGUAGGUCGUUCAUGUAGAGACUGAACAUAAGAGGUCCUAGGAUAGACCCCUGUGGAACGCCAUGUGUGACGGUUAACUCAAUGGAGCGAGAUGUACCAAGUCGUGUCGACUGCAUUCGGUUUGUAAGAUAACUCUCAAACCAACGUAACGCUUCAUUUAAAGAUGACUUGUACAGGACUAUAAAUCUUCUAAGGCUGGUCCAGGCAAGGGUAAAUCCGUGAAUUUUAAUGUAGACAAUAGGAGGAUGACAACACCAAACAGUUGCUUAAACAAUUUCAAGCAAAAUUGGCAUACCGUAAAAUUCUGAAAAUAAGCCCCUCCAUGUAUAAGCCCCUUCAAAUAUUAGCCCCCCAAACCAGUAACGCAAAAAACCCCCCAUUAAAUCGCCCCUCCAAAUAUAAGCCCCCGGGGGUUUGUACUUGGAAAAUUGCCCUCAAAUACAAAGUAAAACAAAGCGAAAAUGGUAAAUUACUUCCAGCUGUAAGGCUAGCCCAGUCGAUUUUGAAACACAAAUUUCCCUCCGUAGAUAAGCCCCUCCGAAUAUAAGCCCCUCCAAAAAAAAGCCCCUCAAAAAGGGCCUUUGAAAAAUAUAAGUCCCGGGGCUUAUUUUCGGAAUUUUACAUUACUUACCUGGUGCUGCUUUUUUUCUAAGCCUUUCGUGUUCUAAUUGGGCAUAUACUAGAAUCUUUUCUAUAGGAGUAAUAAGUAAUUGGGUUAGAUAUGUCUGCUUUAGAAGUAUAGACAUUGUCAUUUUAACAAACUACCGGUACUUGUUUAUUUCAGGCGGAAAUUGUCCGUCACCUCAGGGACCAGGCAGCAUCUGGAGACUUGCAGAAAAAUCAGGCAGCUGCUGCUUCCAAGCCAGGUACUGUUCAGUUAAAAAAUGUACAUGUUUGAGUCACAAAAGUAUGUAGGAAUUUUUUAGAAAACAAAAUAAAAGUACAAGUCUUCAUAAAAAUUCUAACGCUGCACAAGGAACACUUUUUUGUUGUUUUCUACUUCAUAAGUUGGUAUGAUACUUGUGAUGUUGUACAAAUAUAGAUUUUAUAGUUUUCCUUUUUGUUAAACACACUUGCGAGUAAGGUGCAUCUUACGGGUAUAUAAAUGCUCCUGAAAGGCUGUGCAUUGGAAGUGCCCAGUAGCCCCUUAUGACUCACUUUUGUUGGGCAAUUGUAAGUAGAAAAGCCCUUUUUUUCCAAAAAAAUCAUUAUAUCGUAGACAUCUGUAGAUCUGGUCAAAGGUAAAAACCAGUUAUGACAACCAAAAGUGUAUUCAUGUUUCAGAGAGGAAACGACGCCGGUGGGAUCAGCAGGCAUCUGGAGAUGAAACACCAGCAAAGAAAAAAUCCAGCAGUUGGGAUCAAGCUGAGGUAGAAAUUAUGGUGCUUCUUAGAACCAUUUUGUAAAUUAUUUGUGUAUAAUCAAGAAAACCACAUUGUUUCUUAUGGUCAAAUAAGAGCAGUUUCAAUACUAGUGGAAAUACUCCAGUAACAACAUUAAAAGCUUUUCUUUGCUGAAGAAGAUCUUGUGAAGCUCCAGUACCUUAGCCUUUCUCGGCAAAAACAGUUAACCCAAUAAUUAAGAAUUAAUGAGAAACUGGAAACAGGAGUGAACUUUGUUAGUAAGAGCCUUUGAAGUGUUACAGCAAGAAGCAAAUAGGGGGAACAUGAGCAAGUUCAGUACAAUACAAUACAAUACAAUAGUUUAUUGACACUCCCCUGGUGGGGCUUUUCAGUGACAAUGCGACUAAAAAAAAAAAAACUAAUUAAGAUAAGAGAAGUAGUUAACAAUUUGAUUAAAAGAAAAGAAUGCGGUGAACAAAGCAAUAUAAAACAUACCUAUUUAAGAAUUAAUCGUAUAAUAAAUAUUCUCACUACUUACUAUACAAUAUGCAUAUUUAAAGUUAAAAUAAAAUAAGAUACUAGUAAGAUACUAAAAUACUAUCAUAAUGUGCUAUUUAAAAAGUCAGUAAUCAACUAAUUUUCAGACAAAAUUUAAAAGUAGAAAUCGAUUUUGCAGUUUUAAGAGUACUGUCUAGAUUGUUCCAAAUGUGCACCAUGCGGUAGUGGAAUGUUCUCUUUCCGGUACUCGACUUAUACAAGGGGAUGUUUAAUAAUUGGCAACUUUGAGUCACACGCCCGGUGACCGCAAUUCUUGUUGUAAAUUGAUCGCUGAGGUAAUGUGGAGCUUGACCAGUCAUGCAUUUAAAUGCCAUGAGAGCGUCGCGGAAGAACAGCUUUUGUUUAAUUGGAAACCAACGUAGAUCUCUCAGUGACAAUUUUAUACAGUUGUCUGACAAGAAUUCGACAAUUAGACUAAGUAGCACUGUUUAUCUUUUUUUGCUGGCAUUUAGAUGUCAACCCCUUCAGCAAGUCGAUGGGAUGAGACUCCUGGACGGGCCAAAGGAUCUGAGACUCCUGGUGUGACCCCUCACAGACCUGGUUCAGAAACCCCAGGGGCCACGCCCAGCACCAGGAUAUGGGAGGCAACACCCAGUCAUGUCACACCAGGCCAUGCUACACCCAGCGCUACACCAGGAAAUACUACACCAGGUAAAUCCUUGAUAAAUUUGCCGCAAGAGCAGUAAUGCUUAGGGCAUGUUUGUUUAACAGUAUUCCAGAAUAAGAAUGAAUAGAAUAAACUCUAGGAAUCUUUCGGUCAAGCGAAUUUUAACCUACCAUUCAUUUGUUGGCUGACAGUUCAUGAAAUGAGAAAAAACAUUUGUCCUAGAAAUUGAAAUCACAUGCAUGCAUGUCAUAGUUACAUCAUUGAUAAUAAUUAUAGCUGCUGCAUUCCAGUGGUCCAAAAAUCCCAGGAAAAGAGUGUUGUUAGAAAUUUUUGGUGUAUUCUUAUUGUGGAAUACAGACGAUCAAAUUCACCCUUAGCAUUUCUGAAAUAUGAGAUUGCAACAUUUUAUUUCAUUUUACCCAUCAAUUACCUGAUAUCACUGAGAUAUUCAUUUUAUCCACUUUGGACAACUUCCUGUAGACCCCUCUGCUGAAAGGCUACUGCUUGUCAGAUCGAUUUUUUUCACUUAUCCUCACUUAGCGAUUGUCAUUGACGGGUCACAUUAGUGAGGAAAAAUGUGUAGAAAGUAAAGACUGUAAACUUCAAAAGCAGGUUGUUGGUCAUAACAACAGGGUCUAGUGUUGAUGAGAUAGUGACUGUACUUUUUUUCAGGCUAAAAUAGUGGUUGUAACCUUAGGGUGAUUGUGUGGGUUUCAUCUGUAGAUAAGAAAGUAACAUAACACAUGUACUUUGAUAUUUGCUAUUUACAAAAUAUAAGUACCAUGUGUAUGAUGUAUUUUCUUUUCCUACACUCAGGUAUUUCAUCAACCAGGAGGAAUCGCUGGGAUGAGACCCCAAAGACAGAGAGAGGUUUGUUUUCUCCAGCACAUGAUGAAAAAAUUGAUAGCUUUUCUUUUUUUAAUGACAAACUAAUGCUCUUUUUUAACACAGGUGAGACUCCAGGUCACUCAACUCCAGGCCAUGCCACCCCAGGCUGGGCAGAGACCCCAAGAACAGAUCGCACUGGAGCUGAAACACCUGGUGCCACACCCACUCCAGGUAGUAAGCGAAGGUCCAGAUGGGAUGAAACACCAGCCAGUCAAAUGGGUGGUACUACCCCCAUGAUUGGCACAAGUGGGGUCACUCCUGCUGGAGCUGCUGCUAUGCAGAUGCAGACGCCUACCCCAGGACAAAUGGCCAUGACACCAGAACAGAUGCAAGCAUAUCGCUGGGAAAGAGAAAUUGAUGAACGCAACAGAUACCUCUCUGAUGAGGAACUUGAUUCACUUUUCCCCAAGGAGGGAUAUAAGGUUCUAUUUAUCUUUCUUUUUUCACAUUAAAAGCUGCUGUAUCUGAUGUAAGGAAGGGUUUGACCAUACAUUUUAUUUGCUGGAUCUCCUUAGAAAGUUUAAUUUUUGCAUACAUUUUCCUGAUUCUCCUAGCAUAAGGUUUUGCCACUGGUCACUUUUUUACAAGUCAUUGUCAAAUCUAGAGAAAGGACUUAAAUGGUAAUAGCUGUAAGGCAGCUUCAGUGUUUUUACAGAGCCCAUUUUGUAGGAUGAUUCUUGUGUAAUGUUUUAUUGAUCAGAGUGACUAUUCUGCCAAUACUGUGGCAAAUAUUUUCAUACUGAAGUUAACAAAUGGUGUGCAAAGUAUUCACUCAUGUUCUAAGAUAUUAAAUCAAAAACAUCUUACAUUAUCUUUCAAUUCGACGUCACUAGAAAUUAAGCAAGCUUGGCAUUUACAUUUUCUAAUGUGAUGUUCUGUUUUUAGAUUCUUGAGCCACCACCAGGUUAUCAGCCAAUCAGAACGCCAACACGAAAGCUGACAGCCACACCCACUCCUAUAGGGGGCUCUGGGUUCUACAUCCAGGUAAAACAAACUUGCUUAACUUUAUCCGUUCUCUCAAUAAUCACUGUAAUAUUUGACCAUGUUAUUUAUUUUAAUUGCAGCAAGAAGACAGAUCAGCCAAACUGGUUGAAGACCAGCCUCCUGGCAAUCUGCCAUACUUGAAGCCUGAUGAUGUGCAAUACUUUGACAAACUGUUGGUAAGUUCAAAAUCCUUUGAAGCUCUAAAUUGUAAAACAGUCCGAAUGAUUGUUUUAUUACUUCUUGUAGUUUUUACUGUAGCAUAGCAUCAUUUACUUCUUUAGAGAAAGACACAAAGUUGCGUCAUGGGUAUGAUAAGGAAUUAUUGCCAAAGUUCCAACUGUGCAAUGAAAAAAUGUCGUAAAAAGAUUCUGUAUAUUCGACAAGUAAAAAGUUCAGUUGUAUUGGUAAUGUUUUUUGGAAUAUAAGUAUGUGAUAAAAGUGUUCCAUGGUUCAGUUGGAUUGGUAAUAUUAUUUUUAUUUUGGAACAUAAGUGCAUUCCAUGUAAACCGAGGGCUGUCUUUAAGAGCCGGGGGCCGGGUAUUUGUGCCGGCUCCUAUGAGUGUGGCCCCUGGUUACCUUCAUUGGAAGAUAGAAGAAAAAUAGAACCACAAGAAAUCUCCAGUCGUUUGAUUCCCUGCCUAGUUGUUAUAUUUACCGCGCAACUUGAAAUCUUAGUGACAACCCUGAAACCAUUAGCUUGGUUUACUUUAAUUUCUUGUGUGUAAAUUCACAGGUGGAUGUGGAUGAGAGCACUUUAAGUGCAGAGGAGCUGAAGGAGAGAAAGAUCAUGAAGCUGUUAUUGAAAAUCAAGAAUGGUACUCCACCCAUGAGAAAGGCAGCCCUGCGGCAGAUUACUGAUAAGGCUCGUGAGUUUGGUGCUGGGCCUUUGUUUAACCAAAUCCUUCCUCUGUUGAUGUCACCUACAUUGGAAGAUCAAGUGAGUCAUCUGAGUAGCAUAAAUUAUGUCAAGUUGUAUUUUAAUUUGCCUCAUUUUUUUUUGUGAAAAUUGUGAUGGUACACUGUAUGCUCAUUGGUGGACAACAUUGGUCCUAUGAAUAACAGUUACUGUACUUUCUUCUGUUACGGCCCUGAAUAAUGCAAAAUGAGUUUUGGGCAGACGUUUAUCUUGUUCAUGUCAUUGGUCUCUAAUUCAAUUGUUAUACUUUUGUAUUAAUUUUAUGGUAAUGUUCAAUAUUCUCUUUUGUAGGAGCGUCACUUGUUGGUAAAAGUCAUUGACCGAAUUUUGUACAAGCUUGACGAUCUUGUCCGGCCAUUUGUUCACAAGGUAAGCUGCUAGUUAACCUCAUCAAAAUCUCAAAUAUUAUUAAGUAAACAUGUAUGGUUAUCAAUAAUUUUCAGCUUGGCUCAAAGUUUGUUUGGUUUUACUGAAGUCCGAUCUAAUAUCACACUCACAUGGUCUCCGCAAUGUUAUGUACUUCUUCAUUCUUGUACAAAUUGUUAGGUAGAUAUAUAAUACGAUUUUAUUAAUGAAAUGGUCUCUUUUCAGAUCCUUGUGGUUAUUGAACCUCUGUUGAUUGAUGAAGACUACUAUGCAAGAGUGGAGGGGCGUGAAAUCAUUUCCAACUUGGCCAAGGUUAGUGUUUGCUUGCCCUGAUUCAGUGCUGACAUAACAAUCAAGUGUUAAAAUGAACCAUUGGCUUAUAAUAUUGCACUGUAAUUUCUCUUGUGUACAGACACUACAUCUGAAAAGGCUAAUCCUGAUUAUUAGUCCUAGGAGGAUUAAGGUCAUCAUCAGUCUAAACACUCGGUGAUAUUAAACUUCUGUUGAUAAACUUUACACCAGUUUUCAUUGUCAUUCAAAGAUGUCAAAAAUGCUCAUUAUUUUACUUUCCCAGACGAUCAUGUUGAACUGACAUAUAUGAACUGUGUACCAUAGUCCCUAUUUGUUCAAAUGUAGAUAUUGCUAUCCACUAGAUAAAUCUCUUUCCAUUAGUGCAAUUUAAAAUUUUGUUAAUUCACAUCCACUGGAUUUUUUUGACGGAGAGUGCCAUCAGACUUUUUAACACCCAGGGGCAGGAUUCAAACCAUUUUAUUUUAUUGAUUUGAAAUCUGUAUCUUCCUUUAGGCUGCUGGUUUGGCUACAAUGAUCUCCACCAUGAGACCUGAUAUUGACAACAUUGAUGAGUAUGUCCGUAACACCACUGCAAGGUACAUUUUUUUGUUACUGUUGCAAAAUAAUCAGUUUUAAGUCACUCCAAGUUGCGACCAUUUUGGUCACCAUGGUGCCUAAAAUUUUGGAGCUGGCGACUUGAUUUGCAGUAUAGUCUCCCCAAAUCAAAAGAUUUGCUUUCAAAUGGUGACCAAGCAAAAACUCGGAAGGUUGGUCAGUUAUAUAGAACCUAAUGUUAGGCUUAACUGCUAACAUCUUGCAAUAUAAUACAGUUUGACUGGUCUGCACACCAGACAUUAGUUUUUACAUCCACCUUAAAGAUUUAUGAAACUGUCACUUGAACAUCUAGGUGAAAAAGGUUUCCUCCCAAUUUUUUAUAUAAAUACUUGUCUACCUACAGCUGUACAUGUAGCAUUUUCCUUGGAAUAGACCAGUUUGCUAAUAAAUUUGCUUAUCCAGCUUUUUCAAAAGUAUUAUCUCCAUAAUCAAAAUAAAGUUGAUUGCUGGGGUAAAAUCAAUUUUCUGGGUACCAGCCCAAAAUUGUUUUCAUAUCUGACCUGCAACUCACCAUUUUCUGUACCGUUUUGUUUCUUACAGAGCUUUUGCUGUUGUAGCAUCUGCUCUGGGUAUUCCUUCCCUACUACCUUUCUUAAAAGCUGUGUGUCGCAGUAAGAAGUCAUGGCAAGCCCGUCACACAGGCAUCAAAAUUGUCCAGCAGAUUGCUAUUCUGAUGGGUUGUGCUAUCUUGCCACACUUGCGAAAUCUAGUGGAGAUUAUUGAACAUGGUAAGGCUAUUGCAUAAUUAAAAACAAUUUUAAUAGAGAGGUUUAACAUCACAUUUACAUCAAAUGGCAAAUGCAGAUUUGUACCACAUGUACUUCUUGUGUACCGUUCAUUAUUUCUGAACAUAAAUAAUUAGUAGUUUCACGCAAUUUUUUAUCCAUAAGAAUUGUUUUGAGCUGUUUUUAUCUGGUCAUUUCCUGUUUUGAGAAAUUCUCAACUUGAAUCUGAUGUUUGACAUUUGCUGUUUGCCAUAUAUGUGAAGCUUAAACUCUCUUAUGGCUUGGACGUUUUAAAAACUCCCUUGAAAAGAAAAUGGCAGAGUCAAAUGAGUGCAUUUCUUUGUUAUCCAUUUUUCUGCAAGUGAUAAUUGGUUAAUCAUAUAUGUUGGAGAGUAAGAAAUGUCAAAACCUUUGCAUCACAUCAUUUUCCCAUUCAAGAUGACCAUUAAGGCAGUUGAUCUUUAAAAAUAAUUCUGAAAUUGUUUAUGUAAUACUGGUGUUAUGGUUUUUUUUUUUCAUGCUUAACAGUGGUUUUGGGAUCUCUUGUCAGUAAUGAUAAGGGCUGUGUCUGUAACAGAUCAUUCUGCAGAAAAGUAAAUACAUUUAUUCCCAACCAUUGUUUUUUGUCUUUGUAGGCUUGGUUGAUGAACAACAGAAGGUGCGAACCAUCACAGCUCUUGCCUUGGCAGCUCUUGCUGAAGCUGCCACACCUUACGGUAUUGAGUCUUUUGACAGUGUCCUGAAGCCACUUUGGAAGGGUAUCAGACAACACAGGGGAAAGGUGAGAUUAAGGACUUAUCCUGUUUUCUUGUUAGGAAUGCCAUAACUGUACGCUUUCACCCAAUUAAUCCCAUUCCUAAUUCUCUUCCAAAAUGAUGAUUUUUCUGGACUUCUACUUGGAGUUUGACUUUUGCAAGAGACCACCUCCCUUAAGUAACCAGUAACUCUUCACAUAUUAGGUGCUAGCUUGUGGGAGGUUUCAAUGUAUCUUUUAGGCUAGAUAAAAAAAGACUUUUAAAUCUCAAUAGUGCAACCUUUGGCCCCUUGAGCUUCCUGAUUCGUGAGGAAAAUAAAAAAAAUUAUGUUUAUAAAAAAGCCAUUGAAAAAGACCCUGCAUCCUUUGAUUUUGUGUAAGUCAUCACUAGAUAUCCUGUGGUGGAAAGAGUACCUGGCCAUCUGUGACUACCACCUGGCCACUGCAGAAAUAGUUCCAUGCAUUAAAAUCCAUGACAUGAACAAAAUAUACUGUACCGUGAAAAUGCGGGUUUUGAAUGGUCUCAUUGUAGAGUUUGUCUGCUGAGUGAAAGGAAAACUGAAUGGAAACAAAAGAAUCUUCUUAAGUGUUUGGGUUUGAAUCUAACAUGCUGCCUUUUUGUUUUUCAGGGUCUUGCUGCUUUUCUCAAAGCCAUUGGGUACCUGAUCCCUCUUAUGGAUGCAGAGUAUGCCAACUACUACACCAGAGAAGUGAUGUUGAUCUUGAUUCGUGAGUUUCAGAGUCCUGAUGAAGAAAUGAAGAAGAUUGUGUUGAAGGUUAGUCUGAGAUAGCACCUUAUGAAGAUUUCUUAAGAUUAGCACAAUUAUUUCAGUCAUUGCUAGGAAAAUCCAUUUGUUAUGUCUUGAUUUAAAUUUGACUGUUUUGUAGCGUGUUGUGUUUUUCUUUGUAAAUACCUUGAAAUAGAUAAUGGCUAUCCAGAAAUUAAAAUGCACCACAGUAGUCAAAGCAGUUAAAAGAACGUUUUACUCAUUUGACAGGAAUUUAUAGAUGCAGCCAAUUAUUGAUUAAUUUUGUAUUGUGUAGUUCCAGAAAAUAUCCAGACCCCCACCACGGAGGGAAUUGGAAAUUCCAGGGGGGUGGGGGGGUCAGAGGCCCAGGAAAUUCCAGAAGGGAGGGGGGUUGGACCAUAAAAUCACUUUCCAGGGGGGCAAUAUCAUUUUGUUUUCGACCUGAGAUCGAACAUUGCUUCUUACCGACCUGAUAGAUCAUUUUUAGGACGUAAAUAACUUGACAUAUAUCACUUAAGAUUGUUCCUUUUUUAUCUUAACCAGGUUUCCUUUCUUCCAAAAGCGUUUUGGAUGUAAUUUCAAAGGAAUUAGACCGACUACAAUUCGUUUUAUCGCAUGCUCGUAUAUUUGGCCGCCAUUACUCGUUACCAGUCUUCCCCAAAACAUCAACGCAUGUAACACAUCACGCAACCAACACGUUGCGUCAGUCGAUCGAUAGAUCAGAAGAGUGGCUAUUUUGCCUCACGAAGCACAAGCUAUACGUUGUAACCAUUUUAGAAUGAAGAGUUUUUAUUCUCCUUUUCAUUUUCCCUUAAUUUUGUGGUUGAACGUGUGGCAUGUUCUUGAUCGAAUUCUCGCUGAAAUGGUGUUGAUUUCACCAAACAUUUAUACGGCCAUCGCGCAUCACGUCGCAUCAGUCGAUCGAAAAACAGUAAAUUGGACUUGGUUUCCCUUCAAGUAUCUUCAAGAUGCAGGGGGUAUUCAUUGUUAUCAUUUCAGAAUUCAGAGUUUUUAUUCUCCUCUCUGCUUUGCAUUAAUUUUGUGGUCGUAAGUUUGACUUGUUCUGCAUUCCCGCACGAAAUGGCGUUAAUUCUAUCAACAUUACGCCCAUGAGACGAAUAACAAAUCUAAGCUUGCCCUGAUUAAGGUAAAUUCACAAAUAUAACCGACUUAUUCACUUUCUCUGUUUCAUUUAAAGUAAGAGAUGAGCAAAAAUUACAGAUCAGGUUACUUUGUGCUGGUGUAGUGUGUUUUAAUGUUGCAAGAUCACUCAAAUAAAUGGAAACAGAAGCAUGCAAGCUUCUCAUGAAACCGUUGGGUACUAACCAUACGUUGCCUCAUUCUUCUAGUUUAAUAGUCUUUCUUCGUGAAAAUGAACUUUUCCAGAGGGGUUGGGGGGUCUUUGUCACACUUGUGGAAAUUCCGAAGGGGUGGGGGGUCAUCAGUUCCCUGCAAAAAUGGAAAAUCCAGGGAGGUGGGGGGGUCCUAAGUGAAAUUCCCUCCGUGGUGGGGGUCUGGAUAUUUUCUGGAACUACACAUUCUAUAAAAUAAAAUUCAUGCUCACAAAAUACAUUCAGGUGACAUUGUCUUCUAGUAACAAUAAUUUCAGGGAUCUCUCUAGAACAUAAUUAUAAGGGAUCAUUUUUUACAAUCCCUUCUUUGGAUGUCAGACCACUCAUGUACAAGUCUUAUUUACUUUAUUGAUUGACAGGUGGUGAAGCAGUGUUGUGCUACAGAUGGUGUUGAAGCUCAGUACAUCAAAGAUGAAAUUUUACCAGAUUUUUUCAAACAUUUCUGGCAGCAUAGGAUGGCACUUGACAGAAGAAAUUACAGACAGGUAUGUACUAUUUAAUUAUGUGAAAACAGCUGUUGCAUUUAUUUCCUGCAUCUGAAGCAAGGCUUUUAACUAAGGCAAGCAUUCAUGCUGAUUAAAAAAACUGUGGCGAAGAGGAAUUUAAGUCACAGCAAAUAACAAUACAACUGUGAAAAUGCUGCGUAGUGAAAUACUUGCUUUAUUACCUGGUUUUGAAUAGUAUUGACUGCUCCAAUAACUUUGUCUAGUUUAUCUACUGCUUAAUAGUGCUAGUGAACACAGGUAAUUACUGAGUGUUAAUGUUAUUUUUGGCAGCUUGUUGAUACCACAGUAGAACUGGCAAACAAAGUUGGAGCAUCAGAGAUCAUUAACAGAAUUGUGGACGACUUGAAGGAUGAAAAUGAACAGUACAGAAAAAUGGUCAUGGAAACCAUUGAAAAGGUAACAAUCCUUUCCAAAAUACAGCCUUCAUUGUACAUUUUCAAUAUUAGGUAGUCAUUUAAUUGAGGUGCCAGUAAUAUAUUUUAUACUUUGUGAUUUUCCUCUACUGACCUGAUUUACUGAUAUCUGAUAUCUUUACAGACCAUGGGUAACCUUGGCUCAUCCGAUGUUGAUUCACGUCUAGAAGAACAGCUUAUUGAUGGCAUCCUGUAUGCCUUCCAGGAACAGACACAAGAGGUAACAGGUUCUCUUUCUUGGGGGCCAGCUCCCUGUUAGUUACAUAAGAAUUUUUCCUACUUGACAUCAACUGUGUCUAAUGUAUGCCCCCUUUGGUGUAUUUCCCUUUGCUGUUUAUGGGUCAAGGACCAGAUCAGACAUAGGGGUUGGGCAUAAACAUAGGGUUGACUUUUCAAGACAAAAAGUCAACAGACAUAUUAGAGACCCUAAAAUUAAGGUUUUUUGACAUUUGCCGUGAACCAUAAAUGUCAAGAAGUCACAUGACCAGGGCUUUGCCAUCAGGUUUGCCGUUUGAGGUUCAUGUUUGUACGGCUAGAUCAUGCUCCAGAGGUAAGUGAUUUAACUCAAGGUUUUUUGCACCCUAAGACAUCACAAUCCCACGUUUGAGAAGAAAUACAACUAUAUAGAACUCUUUUGCUUAUCGAUUAUCGAAUUCUAUUAAAAAAACAAAAUUUUGAAGACAAUUUCUCAGCUAAAAUAGAAGUAAGUGGAUGAAUGAAAACAAACGUGGCAGCCGCAAGCUACCACCCGCAAAUCUUAAGUCCCAAAUAUGGGCAGAUGGAUAACGUGGAACGGAUAACCGCCAACCGCAAACUGCAGUUGGUUGUUUGCAGUAAAAUGACCAAACCUCAAUCUUAAGGUCUCCAUUCUCCAAACUGUCCUUCCUAUCCUCUCCAUAGUACUGAAGAGGAGAAUUUGUUUAGGAAUCAAGACAUAAGUCUCCAAGCCCUUUUCUAUUGAUUUUAUGCUACAACUGUCAAUACUUUGACUAGAAAUCUAGAAAUUUUAGUUAUUUAUUUGUUUAUUGAUGCGUGUUUGUACUCUCAGGAUAUUGUUAUGCUGAAUGGUUUUGGUACAGUGGUGAAUGCACUGGGCAAGCGUGUGAAGCCAUAUUUACCACAGAUCUGUGGUACCAUUCUUUGGAGAUUGAACAACAAGUCAGCUAAAGUCAGACAACAGGCUGCUGAUCUCAUCUCCAGGAUUGCUCAGGUCAUGAUGACCUGUGGGGAGGUGAGUAUCCAACUCUCACAUACACAAUCAGCAUCACUUCUCAUAAGUGACCUCCUGCCGUAAGUGACCACUUUGUAAAUAAUCAUUUUGCAUUUCAGUCAAAUACCGUUUCAAAAACUCUCUUGUAAGCCCCCACUACUGAAAUUUUUUAAACGACCACAAGGACUUGUUAGGCCUCAAAUUUGACAUAUUCUUUUGUUUUCUGUUUGUGGUAAGCAUCCAACCCGCAUGAUCACGUAUGAUUGUAAGAAAACCAUUGCCUGAACGUGCACAAAAGUUCAGAUUUUAAUAGUGCAAACCAAGCAUGCUGUCAGAUCAUAGCAGUUGCCUUCCUAUAAGUGACCAUUUUUGUGUGCACUAAGGGUGGUCACUUACAAGAAGGCUGACUGUUGGAAAAUUAGAUGUUAUAAUGAAGUUAAAUAAAUAUUUAUUUAACACAGUUAACAACAAGGAGCGCAGGCGUGGUCAGCGGUCAGUCGUUUGGCUCAAGCGUGGUCAGCCUUGCUUGCAUCACCUCCCUCACAGCGUUUUCCUGGAGGCCACUCUCUUCGUCUAGCCUUUGGAUCAUUCUUUUACCCCCAUCUCUCCCCCCCCCCUUUAUUCUUCCACUGUUAAAUCAGAGUGACAGGUUCCUGGCUCCAUUGGCGUGGGGCUCAUGGUUGGAGGGUGCAAGUUUGCCAGCCGUGGGGGCAUAACUCUGUCUAGGGCCUGGCUGUGCCAAAGGUGGAAGCCUCUGGACAUCCCGGCACUCACCUCCACUAAGCGACACAGUUGUUAACUUAGAAUAAAACUUAUACAAGGGUCAGAAGACAGACUCUUUGAGGGUGCUAGAGAACCUCUUGAGCAAUUGAUCAUCCAUAAUAGCUGACAAAAAAAUUUUGUCUUAUGUAGAAAUAUCAAGUGUAGCAAUUUUACUAAUAUUCUGAAUUGUUUUUACUAUAAACAGGAAAAAUUGAUGGGUCACUUGGGUGUAGUGUUGUAUGAGUACCUUGGAGAAGAGUACCCUGAAGUGCUAGGAAGUAUUCUGGGUGCACUCAAGGUAAGAAGGGAUGGCAGUUAUAUUCAUUGUGAGUGGUUUUCAUUAAAAAACUUAAUAUUAUUGGGUUUGCAAGAAUUAGCAAUAGCCAUUAUUUCCUUAGCUUCAUCUUACACUUGGACUGAGCAUCUUCUCUGUUAUCUAGACAACUGAAAAUUGGCUAUAUCUUUGUCGUGUCUCACUAUUUUUCAGAUAGUCUCUUAGUGUCCAGAUGUCAGGUGAAACAUUCUUCCCUAACCCUCCUACACCCAUUUUAAAAAAGGGUCGUUGAAACCCUUUCAAAAUUACUGUUUUUUGGCUUGAAGUAAUAUACCAAGCAUGAGACGCAGAUGAAACGCUGAGAAGAGAGUUGAAGAUAUGACACGCAGUGGAGUAUUUUGACGAACUUGGAGGUGUUUCAUCUGGUGGUGAAUCACUGUGUCGAAUACUUGAUAUUACUUCUCAAGCAAAAUGAUUUAACAAGGAGAAAUUAAGGAUGCAAAAAUGAGCGGUUUUUUAUCUGAUUUCCAAACACUCCUUUUCCUUUGUAUUUUCUUUAUGAAUUAUUGAUGAGUUUGAGAAGAACUGUUGAAACCUUUGUGGAGUGAAUGAUGGAGCUAUCUAUUGCAUUUCCACCUUUUGAAGCCUGUCAUGUAACCAUCUAUAUGAAACGUCUUUGCAUUGGCAGUGCUUUGACCGCGCGUUUUUUUUUUCAGUAUUUUAAAAAAUUAAAUUCUAAGUUUUUGUUGAAUGUUGACUUAGCCCCUCCUUGGAUUGUAUAGGUUAAAUUGUUAUCGUAAUGUUAGUAAUCAGAUAAUAAGCAAAAAGUAAUUGUUUUUCUCAUUUGUUUUCAGGCAAUUGUUAAUGUGAUUGGAAUGAACAAAAUGACUCCACCCAUCAAGGACUUGCUCCCAAGAUUAACACCCAUUCUGAAGAACAGGUAAAGUACUCAUCCUUUCUGCUGUAAAAUUGGUCGUUACUUAAACAAUCUUGUAUGAAGAAGUCAGCCUCACUAUCAAUUGGUGUCAAAAACCUCGCACGCUAGAAUAAGAAUUCAGAAGUCAGUAAUGGGAAAGGUGUAAGGAUAGGCAACACCUUUGAGAAGAGAACCUCACUGAGAGAUGAGCAGAGAGAGGAUCAUAAUACGUUUCUGGGAAACUGCCUACCUACCCCUUAAGCCAAAUUUUGCCCUAAGUCAGAAGUAAGUGUCAAUGUCUUUGCAUAGGGCGGCAUUUAAAGGGACCGUGACUUCACAGCUGGCUGGUUCAUUUUGUUUGUAAUGUCAGUGACGUGUGCUUUUUCGCUAUGGAACUUGCGAAAUUACUUUUGUGAAUGACAAAUCACAGUUUCCUUUCAAGCUAAUAUGUCUUCAGUGGAUCAUAUCAAACGUUACAAACGAGUGUUCAAAAAUUAGUAUUGCAGUUCAAGUUUGUCCAUUCGUGCCUCUUUUUGUAUUUGCUGUGUUACUUAUACCGUCUUUUUUUUUAGCCUCACUUAAUUUGGUGGCAGUUUUUGAUAAAUUCCGUGACAUAGCUCCUUUAAUUAUCACAGGAGUAUCAGUCAAGUUACUAUACGUUUCUUAGUAUUUCACAAAACAGGAUUUGGCUUUUUUUUCAGUUGAAUUUUUGCAACUUGAGAGCUGAUCCUUUAAAGCUUCUUUUUUCAGGCACGAGAAGGUACAAGAGAACUGUAUUGACCUUGUGGGUAGAAUAGCUGACAGAGGAGCCGAACAUGUUGGGGCUCGUGAAUGGAUGAGAAUUUGCUUUGAACUGCUGGAGCUGCUGAAGGCGCACAAGAAAGCAAUCAGAAGAGCUACUGUGAACACGUUUGGUUACAUUGCCAAAGCAAUUGGGUAUGUUACACUUGAAUUAUGUUCUUGUACAAUAAUAUUAAUCAAAGCGUUUGUUGUUGAUACAGUAGAAGCUCUUCUAACGGACACUCUCGUAAGCGGACAGCUCUACGUACGACCGCCUUCAUGAAACCCCGUUUUCUCAACUCUCAUACAAACUCUGUAUUUUACAUUCAGGUAAGCGUCAGCUCCAGUUGUGGACACCUUGUCUGCGUCCCGAUGGUGUCCUCUUACGAGAGCUUCCACUGUAUUUUAGUCUUUUUUUUCCAGUGGGCAAAAGCCCAAAUUGAUAAUCUUCCGUCUUCUUGAACUACGAAGCAAGUCAUAUGGAACCAUUUGUUCGUAUCAUAUUAUGCCGGUUUGACUUGCUUAGCAGAAAAUUUGAUGCAAACAAUGGAUAAACAGUCUGCACAUGCUAUAAAGCAAAAGAGCUAAUUUCAAGAGGUUUUUCGCUGGACUUAUCCACAUACAAAUUCUCUACGCUGGUCUCUAUACAUUUCCAUGAAGAAUAAGUUGAGAGAAUUUGAUAAAAGAUCAAGCAUUUUGUCUUACGUGAUUAUUUAAUUAAUUCCCGCAACCUUUUCUCUUGAAUGUGUCUUGAUAUUGUUUAUCACUCUUGCGAUUUGACGAAUUAAUUCAAUGCAACUUGUUGUAACACGACCACGUAAUGGCAUAUCAAUGUUUGUACUGUUAAGUCCCCAGGAUGUGCUUGCCACUCUACUCAACAAUCUAAAAGUACAAGAGCGUCAAAACAGAGUGUGUACCACUGUUGCCAUAGCCAUCGUUGCAGAGACUUGUUCACCCUUCACCGUGCUACCUGCUCUGAUGAAUGAGUAUCGUGUGCCAGAGUUGAAUGUACAGAACGGUGUGCUGAAGUCCUUGUCUUUCUUGUUCGAGUACAUUGGAGAAAUGGGUAAAGAUUACAUCUAUGCUGUCACGCCUUUGUUGGAGGACGCACUUAUGGACAGGUAUGAGCUUUGUAAUCGCGUGAGUGACCGAUGAGGCCCGUUGCGUUACUUUCUUCAGCCGAGACUUAUGUUAUAAAUGGGUAAAGACAGAAGUAUAUAACCCUGUUAAAGAUUCCAUCUAUACUGUCACGCCUUUGGUGGAAGGUGUUCCUAUGGACAGGCUAAUAAGGGUUGUUGUGUCACGUACUCGCUUCAUCCGAGAUUGGUGAAAAUACAGAAAGGAGUGCGAUGGCUUGCGCAUAUCUUAGCCUCCUUAGCAAGCGUUUCUAAUCUAAUUUUUGCCCGAUAGAUUUUUAUCGAGAGCAAAAUUUUUUUCUUGCUUCCUAACUUUCUCGACGAACUCGCGCGGAAACGCUUGUUACGCAGGCUACGCGGAUCCAAAAACAAAAUACAGUGGAACGUCGAUAUAUCGAACGGAAGGGCAGUGGGACUAGCAGAAUAUAUUCGCUACAGCGAGGUUUCGUUAUAUUGAGGUUCUUUUCCACAGUUUUUAGCAUUACUGGAUCGUUUAAUAUCGUUCGUCUCACCAAGGACUUCGUUAUUUAGAGGUUCGUUAUGACAGAACGGCAAGCCUUGUCCAGUCCUUUCCGCGCGCUUCUGCGCUCUCAUUUGACGCUACGUCAUCGUCUUCUCUAAAUCUACACAAUACUACCAACUUGAAAGUGUUUCAAUUUGACUAAGUACAGGCAAACCCCGCUGAUACGGACACUGAGGGAGCAUAGAAAGUGUCCGUAUUAACGGGGUGUUCGUAUUAAGUGGGUUGAAUUUAGAGAAAAUGUGAGGGUUUUUUUUCCCCAGGGACAAAGCAAACCGUCCGUAUUAAAGAAUUGUCCUUAUAAAGCGGGGUUUGACUGUAGCAAUUGAUAAUUUGUAUGACUGAGACAUUUUGACUGCGAUUUGCUAACCCAGCGUGUACGUUGUUAUCUCCUGCAGGGAUUUAGUUCAUCGACAGACCGCCUGUGCAGCUAUAAAACACAUGGCCCUGGGUGUGUCAGGCUUCGGCUGUGAAGAUGCACUCACUCACCUCAUCAACUAUGUGUGGCCCAACAUCUUUGAAACGUCGCCUCAUGUUAUCAACGCUGUUAUGGAGUCUAUUGAAGGCAUGAGAGUAGCAUUAGGACCAUCCAGAGUUCUUCACUACUGUUUACAGGUUAGUUAUUGGAGACUUUCACCAUCAGGAUUUUCACGGUUAACGGCAAACCUGAGUAUUCAGUUCAACACGAACUGUCUUUACUGAAUUCAGUGUUUCUUUUUUUUACGAUUUUAGGGAAUGUUUCACCCGGCGCGAAAAGUUCGAGAUGUCUACUGGAAGAUCUACAACAGCUUAUACAUUGGAUCUCAGGUAAAACUCCUAAAGAGUUUAAACAAUGCUCCCAAAUAUUGUGAUUCUACUUUGUGAAUUAAGAACUGAAUAUUUUAGGAUAGCGGUGCUUGUAUAGAACUGUCACUGAUCUCGUCUUUGAGCUUAUUCUCGGUGUACGAACCAGUAACCAAAGUAAAACUUACUAAAAAAGAAAAGCUAUCCCCGCCGCCAUGGACGUUUUAGCUGUGUAGUUACAAUUCUUUUAUUAACCAUCAUUUUAUUUUGGUCUUUUAGGAUUCGCUUGUGGCAGCAUACCCGACUGCACCCAGUGAUGAGAAGAACAACUUCGCUCGAGCAGAACUCUCGUAUUUCUUGUGAUCUCUUUUCUUGGCUUGUCAAUAUUCUGUUCAGUAAUUUAUUCUUUGUAACCAGUGGCAAAAACGUGGUAUUUUGUAAAUAGAAAGACAAAAACUGUUUAAGUAACUGAUAUAGUUUUACAAUACUCAGGUUUGUGGCUUUGAAGUUAACGCUUCUCCCAAUGGCUCUUCAGAAUUAGCUGCUCAGUUAGUAACAGUUGCUGGCAAGUUAUUUUUCAAUCAGUCGGCUCGUAGACAAAAUAAUUCAAACUCUAUUUAAUUUUUUCAUGCAUCCACCAUUUGUAAUCUG